AUGGAGACUGCGCGAGUCGAAGCCGAAGUGGAAAGGGCUCGGGUUGCCAAUCAGCACCGUUCUGAUGCCGAAGAUAGGGCGAACGCGAGCAAAGAAUCGUUUAGGCUAGUCGAGGAGGCGCUUAACAGGAUGAAAACUGAGUUAGCAGAGUUGAAGGCGGCCAAGGAAAAGGCAGAAUCUGAGGCUUCUGCCGCAUUCGAAGCAGGAAAAGGCACCACCUUCAAAGAAUACUUUCUUUGUUUUUACAUUUUGGCAAGUUUGAUACCAGAGGAGAUUGGUGAGCUUCCAAAUAUGAAAGAGCUAGUACUUGUUGCUACUAACUUAAUGGUUGCCAUACCAACAUCAAUUUUUAAUAUCUCAUCACUUUUGUCAUUGUCGCUUUCGGAAAAUAACUUGUCGAGCAAUCUUCCAUCAAAUAUAGGGCUUUGGCUACCCAAUCUUCAUGGUCUCUUGCUUGUAGGAAAUAAACUCACUGGAAUUAUUCCCGAGUCAAUCUCAAAUGCUUCUAAACUCACUCUUGUAGACCUCAAUAGCAAUGCAUUUACAGGUUCAAUUCCAAAAACGCUUGGCAAUUUACAACUACUCACAGCUCUCAACUUCAUAAACAACAAUUUGACAAGUGGAUCAUCUACUUCCUCACUAGAAUUGAGCUUCCUCACUUCCUUGGCAAAUUUCAAGCAUUUAAAAUAUUUGUUCAUAAAUCGAAAUCCUCUAGACGGCAUUCUUUCAACAACCAUUGGAAAUUUCUCUACUUCCCUUGAGAACAUUCAGACAGAUUAUUGUGGAAUUAGAGGCAACAUUCCUAAUGAAAUUGCGUUGGGAAAGCUUCAAAUAUUGGAUCUUUCCAACAACAGACUGCAAGGGUCCAUUCCAGAUGAUAUAUGCCCACUCAAGAACAUGGGUGAUCUACGAUUGAACGAAAACGAACUUUUUGGAUUGAUUCCUGAAUGCUUAGGGAAUAUUACAUCUCUAAGAUAUCUCUAUCUCAAUCCCAACAAACUAGCUUUUGUCAUACCUACAGGGUUAGGCGAUCUUAAAGAUAUCUUGGAAAUUAACAUGUCCUCGAAUUCUUUAAAUGGCAAUCUGCCACCACAACUUGGGAGUUUCAAAGUUGCAACACUAAUAGAUUUUUCAAUGAACCAAUUCACAGGCAAAAUCCCAAGUACAAUUAUAGGUUUGCAAAACUUGGUUACUCUUUCAUUGGCGCACAAUAAGUUACAAGGAUCUAUACCUGACUCAUUUGGCAGCAUGGUGAGCUUGGAAUUCUUAGAUCUAUCCUAUACUGACCUCUCUGAUGUGAUCCCCAAGUCCUUAGAGACAUUGUCUCAUCUUUCCUAUCUCAACGUUUCUUUGGAUAAGUUAAGAGGACAAAUUCCAAAUGGGGUACCUUUUGCAAAUUUCACCAUUCAAUCUUUCAUGUUGAAUGAAGCAUUAUGUGAUGCACCAAAGUUUCAAGUCCCUGCAUGCCAUACUAGUUCCUUUCAUCAUCUCAGGAAAAAAAGAGUGGCUCUAGCUUUAUAUAUUUUGUUAUCGAUUGCAUCCAUACUGCUUGCUACAACCUUUGUGUCCUUGUUUAUAAAAUGUCGAAGAAAUAAAUCUCCAUUCAAUGUUGAUCUCUUACCAACAAUAACACCUCCAAGAAUCACAUACCAACAGUUUUUCCGAGCAAGUAAUGGGUUUAGUGAGAGCCACUUGCUUGGUAUGGGGAGUUUUGGUUCUGUCUACAAAGCUAUCCUUGAAGAUACCACAGUUUUUGCUAUAAAGGUAUUCAACUUGCAAGUAGAAGGUGCAUUCAAGAGUUUUGACAUAGAAUGCGAGAUAAUGCGACACAUUCGUCAUCGCAAUCUUACUAAGAGAUUAGACAUAAUGAUAGAUGUUGCAUGUGCUUUGGAGUAUCUUCACCAUGAUUAUUCAAUGCCUUUGGUUCAUUGUGAUUUGAAACCCAACAACAUCCUACUAGAUGAUGACUUGGUUGCACAUGUGAGUGAUUUUGGCAUUGCGAAGUUAUUAGAUUUUGGGAAGAAUGUCACACAUACAAAUACCAUAGCAACAUUUGGGUAUAUUGCACCAGAGUUUGGAUUGGAAGGAUUAGUAUCCACAGGCUGUGAUGUUUAUAGUUAUGAAAUCUUGCUUAUGGAAACAUUCACAAGAGUGAAGCCUACUGAUGAAACGCUUUUUGAAGACAUGACAAUGAAACUGAGAGAGAGAUUAAUGAUCUGGUACUGGGCCGGACAGAUCUAG